AUGAAUAGUUGUAAUAACCAAAGUAACCUUUUCACAAAAGGAACUUUCACUAUAAGGAAGAUGGGUUUAAAUUAUUACUCCAUAAAUUCAUUUAAAAAUGAUAAAGAAAAAUGUAAAAGUGUAAAUCAUAUAAAUUUAAAUUCAUAUAAAUUGUUUAUUGCACUUUUCUUUUAUUUUUCAUAUUUUUUAUUACAAAAUAUGAUUCAACCAAAAAAUAAAAUUUCUGAACUAAAUUUAAUUAAAGAUAACCUAAGGAUCAUGUUCGAAGGACAAGGAGAAGCAAAUAAAGAUGUUUCUGAUAUGAAUCAAAUAAAAUUGACUUCUUUAGAUGAUGGAAAUGAAAACAAUGAUGAGAAUGGUGAUAAUAGUGAAAAUGAAAAUGAUGAUAAGAGUGAUGAUGAAAAUAAUGAUGGCGAAAAUGAAAAUAGUGAUGAGAUUGAAAGUGAAGAUGAUAGUGAUAUUAAUGACUUAGAUAUAAAUAAGGAUUCUUAUAAUGCAAUGUUAAAUUGUUGGAGAAAAAGAUGUUAUGAUACAACAAAUAUUAUUACUUCUACAUGGUUUCAGUGGUACUGUGGAGUCAAAACUAAAGAUAUGGAUGAACAAUGGAAAGAUGAAAUGUUUGAAUCUUGGCAAAAUCUUAUGUUUGGAGAGUUACUGGAAGAAGAUAAAAAAAACAUACAUAAACUUAAAAAAAUGAUAAAAAAAAAAUCUUCAGCAGAUUCUAUCCAAAAGAUUUACAAAAAAGGAGAUAAAUUAUGGAAGAAGCGUAUGAGAGAAUUAAGGAAAGAGUGGAAGGAUUUUAUGGUUGACUGUCUUGAAAUGUGGGAAGACAUAAAAGAUCAUACAAGAAGUGAUGAUGAAGACGAUGACGAAAGAGGAGCACCAAGCAUAAUAGCAUAA